CUGGCAGCGGAGGCACCGUCGCUGUGGAAAAACCCUCCUGCUGCGUCGUCGGUCAUGUUGUCGACAGCUUCGUGAGUCCACUCCUUCCAUCCCGCGUGACAAAGAGGGAGGCGGCGUGCCCUCGCUGGGGUUUUUCCUCUCUGCUUCCACCUCAGUAUUUUCUAGGGGAAGCCAUAAAAAAAGCUCUCCGUGUCAUAGAGACGGCGAAUCCGGCAAGAACGUCCCCGCUGUCUCCCGAGGCACCUUCUGCAGCACUACCCAACAGAGGCAGCGGGUCGUAGCAGGAUCCAGACCUUACUUGUACUGCAAUGGGGCUGAAGCCCUCUGGCCGCUGACCACCAGGAGCCCCAGGGCACCUCUUUGGGAGCUGACCAUGUCGAUCACAGACCACAGCCCCACCACCGGGGUGGUGACGGUCAUCGUCAUCCUGAUCGCCAUAGCGGCGCUGGGCGCCCUGAUCCUCGGCUGCUGGUGCUACCUGCGCCUCCAGAGGAUCAGCCAGUCAGAGGACGAGGAGAGCAUCGUGGGCGAAGGCGAGACCAAGGAGCCCUUCCUCCUGGUCCAGUACUCAGCCCGCGGGCCGUGCACGGAGAGGAAAGCCAAACUCAUGCCCAACGGCACCGAGACUCACAGCUAACUGGAUGGCUGGAGCCAGAGGGGACCCGGCCAAGGACCUGGGCCGGGGCGGACCACUCUGUGGAGAAGGCCUGGGCCUGAGGGGAGAUUUUUGGCCACCUGUGGAUCUGCAGACACACUGAGGCGGAGGUUCCUUGUUGCUCCAGAACUGCCCGAGCCUCUUUUCCUGGCGUGAGGUCUGUUGCCGGCAGGGGCGGCGGCAGCGCCACUGCAUACUGAGGCGAGCGCUGCCCGUUACUUGAAUUCUUCACUGAGCCUCUUUGGGAUGGAGCCGACCCUUGAAAUGUGAACCUUACGCAACUGUGAACCUGCGCGUGUUGUGUGUACAUAGGAGGGGUGUGUAGUUCUAGUCUGUUCCGCAGCAUAUGGAAUGGCACGAAUGCCUGUCGCAUUAGCAAUGGUCUUGGGGCGAGGAGACGCGUGACCACCAGUGCGUCUCCAAAACCAAGCCGUGGGGUUGGGGAGGGGGGGGGUGAUAUGUGGGUUUGCUGGGGGAAAUUUUUGUAGCAGUGGAACAUGGCCGGGUCUUUCUUUGGGGUGGUGCUGCUGAAAAACUCCCCUCUUCUGGAAUGCAGCUUAGUUGUAAUAGUUGGGGCUGGGGGAGAAGCAUGGGGGCGGGAGUUGCUUUAGGCUCAGCAAGGGGGCAAGUGCUCUGAACUCUUCCCCUCUUCCGCCGGAGUCAUGAUGGCAGCCAUGCCGGAAAGCUCAUGGGGGGCUUGGGAGGGGCCAGCAGAGCCAACCUGCUUUGGGAAAUCCGUGCCCAAGGACAGGAAAAGGUCUUUCCCCCUGAGCCUGCCUCCGGACCGUGGCGUUUGUAUCCCUAGCCCCUUGCUUGCCCAGUUGGGCGCUGAAGUCCACCCCGCCCCGCCCCAGGCGCUCAUGAAGCAAGCCCGUGCGUCAUCAUCCGUGCGUCUUGUGGAUUUCUCGCCUUUUCUUUUGCUUGGCUAUACAGAGGGGGCUUCUAUAAAUAACUUGAAGGGGGACGAAGGGAUCCGUUUCUGGCUCCAGGAGGUCUUUUGGCCGUCUUGUUUUUCUGUGUUUAUCGUGGUUCUGUUGCUGUUCGUGAAAACUGAAUUCUCCAGUUCUGGCCAUGCCGUCCCCCCCCCCCCCAAGGCUAAAAGGGCCUGUUUUUUCUGUUAUAGGGCUGGCAAGGGGAGACUCUGGAGCGCCCCCUUCAUGCUUGCCUGGCAGAACAUCGUCUCUGCGAGCCCCAAGGAGUGAGGGUUGUAUGGAACUACCCUGUUUCCCCGAAUAUAAGACAUCCCCGGAAAAUAAGACGUAGUAGAGGUUUUGCUGAAGUGCGAAAUAAAAGGCAUCCCCCAAAA